AUGUGGGAGGCUGCUCCGAUGCAGACGAACUCCAAGAUCGAGGAGACUUUGUCCGAGAGUACAACAGACUCGCUACCAAGCAUGGGCUCCGUCUUCUUUCGCCCGACGACGAUGAUGGCCCCUCGUCGAAGAGGAUGGUUUUCCCGCACAUUCCGGCGCCAGCCGUCGGGUGCCAGCAAUACCAGCUCAGCAAAGUCAGGACGGUCAGAAAGAAAGGCGAGCCACAGACGGAGCAUCAGCGAUCUAGCAUUGCAGUUGGUACAUUCAGCGAAGCGGGACGUUCUCAAAGACGAAGACUUGCGAUCUCUCGUCCGUUUGUGUGGCAAGACCAUGUUCUACUUGCCGUCCGAGUAUGCGCCCAGCUCCUUGAUACUCCCAACAUGCCUUCGCGCAACCGCCCAAUAUCUUGUACAACACGCUACGGAGACUCGUGGUGUCUUUAGAAUCCCUGGCUCUGUUAGGGUGGUUAAUGCCCUCUAUGACUACUACUGCACCGAAGGAGAUCCGGACGAGAUAUCCAGCACAACCCGCUGCCCAAGCCUCCCGGUCCACAUCAAGGCUGGUGUUCACGACGUUGCUUCAGCAUUCAAGCGUCUUCUCUCUGGACUUCCUGGCGGCAUCCUCGGAUCCCUCCCACUGUUUGACGCAAUGGUCUCCAUACAUAGUCAGUUAGACGGGAAUCCUGAGGCCACGAGAACCAAGCAAACGAAGCUCCGUGCCAGACUGAUCGCGUUGGCAGUCGGCAGUGUUAGGUCUCAGUUACGUCGUGAGCUGAUAUGUGCAGUCUUCGGUCUCCUGUGCUUGAUCGGACGCGUUGCCGAGACGGCACUCCGCGAGGAUGAGUUUGGCAGACCACUUCCUACAGCAGACUUGAUGGGCUACAAUGCUUUAGGUAUCGUCUUUGGGCCUCUCUUGGUCGGGGAUCUUCUCAACUCCUACUCAAUGCGAAGCUCUAGUGUCCACCUUAUACUCUCCCCAGUGAGUCCACCGCCCAACUGCAAGUGGGAAAAGAGGAAGUGCAAGGCACCAGAGGAGGCCAUCGCCCAUUGCUUCCCAAACAUGGACAAAGUCCAUGUUGCCAACAGCAUCGCUGAGAUGCUUAUAACGCAUUGGCGGGAGGUUGUCAAGCAAAUGAAGAGCCUCGAUGUGUUGAGGGUAGUUGGGUCGGGCAUCACCGAUCAUUGUACUUCACGGAAGGGAUCACUGCGUGCUUCCGUCUCGGAGCCGUUUGUUUUACGGAAGCCUCCUGAAUGGCAACAGAAUGGUCCGCAGACAGUCCCUUUUCGAGUAUCGGAAUCCCCUUUUCCUCCAAGCCCGACGCCCGAAACUCGUGGACGAGGACCUAGCGGGGGACUACGAGCAGAUAGACCUCGACCUACACUUAUCAUACCCCGACAGCGUCCAAGAUCCUCGCGGUCACUGUCUCGGGGCCGACUGAACACACCGGGACCUGUGGGGUUACUGUCUCCUACCGAGGAAGAGCCUUCCGGAAGUGGUGCGUCUCUCUCGAAGAGACAAUCAAAGGGAUCGAUUACGUUUGCCGAUGAAACACCAUCUCGUCAAUACCGUGAGGGGCAACAAUUCGGCUCUGAGUAUUUCGAAAGGAGACAGGCAGGGUCCCCGACUAAAUCACGAACCGUCAUACCAGACUCACAAACGCCCCGGACCAUUAAACGUAGGGACAGCCUGAUCAAAAGCUUUACAGAAGGGCACGAUGUUCCCUUGGCCAGCUUCCGCGACAGAAAGGGAAACAAGAGUCAAGGAGAUGCGCCAGUGUCGGUCUUUGAUACGCUGAUGACCAAAAUCCCAACCCCGAGGGACCGCAUCUCUGUAGCAGAGGACUCAGAGCCAACUCCGAGGCCAUCUGUGAGAGCUCCAUCACAGGAUCGCAUGUCCACAGGCAGUGGUCGAACAGAUGAGAAUGGAACGCUUCUAGGUGGAAAGGCCAAGGUUAAGAGCUCCGGAUACAGGCUUUCAAGAUUUCCAGGUUGGAGAUGGAGAGAACGAUCUAACAAAUCCACGGACCCGGUUGAAUUAGCUGCAGAACCUCCCAGUCCCGUCAUAGCCUCAUCAGGACGCUCUUCUCGCCAAAAGGGUCGAAGAAGACUGUCAUUUCACUUGAGGAAAUCGGCAACAGCAGCCUCCGCAGAGGAACGGGCAGGGCAACCAGUCGGUGAUUCCUCUCAAAUGCCAACGGAAUAUGCAGCCGGUCCCGAGGAGACUCCAAAACCGAGUGUCAAAACUCACCAUUAUGCUGGCGGCCCGUUGAGUCAUUUUGCAACAUUAAGCCGGGCUACGGGCCGCAUAGCUCGAGCAGACCGCAGUCAAGAAGCUCCCGGUAAACCAACAACGGCACACGAUCAAUCGCAUGCAAAAUCACGGGCAAGGUCGUUAGCUUCGAAGAUACCUCGUGCACGGAAAUCCGAUCGGCGACAGACUCAGAGGUCGAGCCGGGAGUCUGUACGUCGCAGUACUAUUCCCAGCAAGAGCCCUUCCGAACACACUCUUGCUUCUAUUCCUCCUGAAGUAAAGCACGAAGAAGAUCGGAUCAAUACUCACGAGGAGAAGCAAGUGCCAGAGUCCCGGCCAUCGACUGUCUUGAAACAUGACCGCAUGACUGAUCACGCACCGUCCGCCACGUCCUUUGAUGGAGAUCCCCGACCACCAACAACCCCCGCAAGACCGACAUCUUACUACAGCAAGUCUUUCACUGGGAGUGCGGCGAGGACAAUGGCUGCCAUGUUUGAGUCUGCUGCUGCGAAGGACAAAGACCUGAAGAGGCCUGAAUUUCUCCCCAUGCCAAUGAAAAUGACUGGUAAUGUGCUCUCGCAUUAUACUGUUAAUCCGCCAUCACCACGGAAAUCGCUGUCGUCGCCAUUUGAAACACCUGAAAAAGGUACUGGUGGCGUUCGUACGGACGGGCGCAGAGAACACCAAGAAUAUGAAGGCAGCCCAAAAAAGAGUUCUGGACGAGGAAGCCAUGAUGGGGCAGACGGUGAGGACGAUAGAAUAACGAGUCUAAGUGGGACUAUGGGAGGGAGCUCAAGGUCCUCUAAUGAGCGGGUAAACAAGCAACAGAGCCACGAGACACCUAGAGACUCUACUGGGAAAGCUGAUGAGGACCGCGUAUUCAUGCAGGAGAGAGAUAUUCAGUUGUCCCGAUCAACGACCAAUGCUGACGACAACAAAAACAAAAACUUGUUCGGCGAUGAAGCUCAAUACGUGCCCUUACCACAAUCACCUAUUGUACCCAGGCCUUCCAGUGCGCCAGCUGGAGCUCCAGAUGCCAACAAGAGCUCAGGGGCUUCGAUGGAAGUCAGCACUCGCAGCCAGUUUCUUCAAAGCGCCCUUAGCCAAAGUCCAAGGCUUCUUUCCCAACCGAACUCAGCCACGAACACAGCCAUCGCUAGCGAUAUCUUGAUUUUUCAAGCACAGAUCCGCCGCUUGCAGAGACAACUCGACAUCAAGACGGAAGAAAACGAUCAUCUCCGCCGCAAAUUAGCAAGCUUCGGUGCAGGACAAUGUAGUCUCCCGAAAGAAGUAAGCGUACGGCGAAGCACAAGCAUCAAGUUGAGCGAGCACCUGCGGCAGACGGAACGCGAGUGUAAAGCGUGGCGGGAAAGAGCAGAGGCGGCGGAGAUGAGGGUGUCAAUUCUGGAGCGAUUACUGAGGAGUAAGAUGGACGGCAAGUCUUUCAAUGAGGGAGAACAUGGAAGUGAGAAAACUACUACAGAUUCGAAAUCCAAAUCGCCCACCACUUCUCAGCACACUUUUGCGGCUGAAGCUUAUCGAAGCAGUGGAACUGUUCGGGAUCGACUUCGAAGGCUGUGUGGUGCGCUGGACGGUUGCUCUGAGAGUGAGUCUCAUGAAGGAUUGGAGGAGGCAGAAGAAGAAGAAGGUACCGUGAGAUGUUCUAGUAUACCUGUAUGGAGUGACGGAGAGGAUGAAGGCCAUGGGCCGUCGAGUUAUGAAACAGAACAGAACGAGGACAAACGGUGCGUGUUGCAGGAGAAAGAGGCGAACAUUCAGCAAAAUCUUACGGCGGAGGAAGACGGCAGCGAUGACGGGGAGCAAAUUUUAUACUUAGACGUAUCAGUCGGGAAGGUACGUGGGAGACAUCCUCAAGAGACAGAUGAAGAGGUAGAGGAUCGAUUAUCUGCGAUAAUGGGAAGUGAUGGGCAUCAUGAUUAUAAAUGGGUCGAAGAGGAGGAUGCUGACGAGUUGGACGAUCACAGAACAACACUGGAGAGAAGACUGGCUCGGUGCUACAAUAUCAAAGUUCGCGGAUGGGAGACAUGCAAAUAUUGCGAGGAGGAGGUGGCGUGGGAUGAGGAGGAGGAGGAGACGAUGGUACUCAUGCAUAAAAUGAUGGAGGGUGAUGAGGAUGGGGAGGAAGACGAGGAAGUCAAGAAAGGGUAUGACAAGAAUCGACAUGUGGAUGUAACGGAGCACGCAGAGAUGCGAAUUGAGUAG